CAUCUCUGUGAGGAGGGGUGUGUGGCUGACUGCGACAGGAACUUUAAAGACGCCUGAAAAAUACAGUUUUACCACAAAAGAGAGAGACAGUCAUCGUGUCAAAAUGCUUAUGUUAUCGUUUCUUAGCUCAGUUCCCAGGUCUUGUUUCCGAACUGCGUUGCUAGUUUCGCGGAUUGUAGCUUCAUUGAAUCAGCUAGCUAACUGCCUCUGCUGUCACACAACCAAGCUCAAACUUCACAUUCAAUACAUAAAUAGCCGUGCGCGUGUUGACAUGGCAAUUCAUGGAAAUAGUCUAAUGAUAACCGUCAUAAAGUCCUGAUAGAGCUUUUUGGUGUAUAUACCACCACUGUUAUCAAGGUGGCUAACAUGCUAGCUCCGGUUUGACAGCGCGUUGGUUAUUAGCUAAUACGAGCAGUCGGUGCUCUACUUAGACCGUGUCCGUAUCAUAACACUCGGCUCAUCAUCACGCUUGUUGUGUUGUUUUUAAUUUAACUGCGACAUUCGUGGUAAGUCACAGCUGCGCUGCUCAAAUAUAGCUAGCUAACUAGCUAGCUCUUGACCCAACAAGUCAACAAGCGCCAAAAAGCAAACAGCGUCAGUCUCGUCAGAGCUGAUUCAAUUCAAAUGAAUUAAAACAAAUCUACAUGAGGAAAAGCUUACGAAAAGGACAUCAUUGAAGCCGAUUUAGCAAUGUAAACACGGUUGCAUUACAACUGACAACUUAACACACAGGUGCCCAAAACUUGGUUUUAAAACUUAGUACACUAAAAUGUAAUUUAAUAGAAAUUGUGUUAUCUGUCAUAGACAAGGUUACUGACAGGAUGAGGGGCCCUGAGUUGGUUGUUUCAGUACUUGAAUUCAAGCAAACACCACUUUAAAAGUAUAAUUCUAAUAUUUUUUUUAUUUUUUACUGUAAUAUUUAUUAAUUCAUCUUCUACCACGUUAUCCUCCACAUGGGGGUUGCAGGGCCGCUGGUGCCAAUCCCAAAGGCGGGGUACACCCUCGACAGGUUGCCAGUCCAUCACAGGGCCUCAUAGAUACAACCAUCCACUCUCAAACCUACAGUCAAUUUAGAGUGUCCAAUAUAUUAAACACACUGUUGGGGAUAUGUUAAUACAUUGAUAAUUAAAGUAGCAAAUUAAUUUGUAGAAAUUACAUUUGACAAACAUUAUUAAUAAAAUAAGUAAAGAGUGAGCACUAAAAUAAACAGAUUACCCUCAAUCAAAAACCUGGCUGCAUUACAGUCUCAAACCUUAAGUAAGCUGAUACAUCUCCUGACAGUUGUCUUGUACUGGUAGGCAUUUACAUUUGGUGGUGGUUAGCAGCGUACAUCAGAUUUCUUGUUCAUAAACUUUCAGGGAUUUUUUUACCAUCUUGUCCUAUCCUUUUAAAAUGAAACCAUCGGAGUAUAAAUCAAUUCUUCAUUAAUAAAUGAUCCCAUUGUCAGAGCUCUAAGGUUAAGUUUGUGAUUAGAACGUUGUCCUUAUGGUAUGGAAGUAAUAUGUUCGUACAUAUUAUUAGUAACAUAAACCAAUGAAUGGCGUGAAUGAUGACUACCUCUGUCAUAUUCAUGUUCUCUACUUCCUCUUCUUCAGCCAGUGUGUAUCUGACUUGGCUUGGUUGUAAAUGUGUGUUUUGUGUGUUUCACUCCAGCAGCUGAAGCAUGCUCUUGGCUCAGAUAAAUCGGGACUCGCAGGGAAUGGCAGAGUUUCAUGAUGCAGAUGGGCAGCCGGUCACACUCUGUCUGGCAGAGGCUGUGGCAGUCGGAGAUGGUGAUCAGAUGGAGAACAUGGACACUGUGAGCCUGCAGGCUGUUACUCUUGCAGAUGGAUCCACUGCAUACAUCCAACAUGAGUCCAAAUCUUCUUUUUCUGAUGGGCAGCUCAUGGAUGGCCAGGUGAUCCAACUGGAGGACGGCUCUGCUGCCUAUGUUCGGCAUGUGUCAAUGCCUAAAGCAGGGGGUGACAGUUUACAGCUUGAAGAUGGACAGGCAGUUCAGCUAGAGGAUGGAACAACAGCCUACAUACACACACCCAAAGAAACAUAUGACCAGAGUGGCCUCCAGGAAGUGCAGCUGGAGGAUGGCAGUACAGCCUACAUCCAGCACACGGUGCACAUGCCCCAGCCCAACACCAUCCUGGCCAUCCAGGCUGAUGGAACCAUUGCAGACCUCCAGGCUGAUGCCACUGCCAUAGACCACGAGACUAUCAGUGUGUUGGAACAGUACACCACCAAGGUAGAGAAUAUCGAAAACCCUCUAGGAUCAUACGGCAGAGUGGAAGCAGACAAUGGCGUUCACAUGAGGAUCGUGUUACAGGGUCAAGACAACAGGCCAGCAAGAGUCUCGAAUGUAGGAGAGAAGUCAUUCCGUUGUGAAUAUGAGGGCUGUGGAAAGCUCUACACGACUGCCCACCAUCUCAAGGUACAUGAGCGCUCGCACACUGGAGACAAACCAUAUGUCUGUGACUUCCGUGGCUGUGGAAAGAAAUUUGCAACAGGGUAUGGAUUGAAGAGUCACUCACGCACACACACAGGGGAAAAGCCAUAUAGAUGUCAGGAACUGAACUGCUGCAAGUCCUUCAAAACCUCUGGUGACCUUCAGAAGCACACAAGGACUCAUACAGGAGAGAAGCCUUUUAAAUGUCCUGUAGAUGGCUGUGGCAGGUCGUUCACCACGUCUAAUAUCCGCAAAGUUCACAUCCGAACACACACUGGGGAGCGGCCAUACUACUGCUCUGAGCCGACCUGUGGGCGGUCCUUUGCUAGUGCAACCAACUACAAGAACCAUAUGAGGAUUCACACUGGAGAGAAACCAUAUGUGUGCACAGUGCCUGGGUGUGAGAAGCGGUUCACAGAAUAUUCCAGCCUUUACAAACACCAUGUUGUUCAUACACCCUGCAAACCUUACAACUGCAACCACUGUGGGAAAACCUACAAACAGAUUUCCACACUCGCCAUGCACAAACGCACAACCCACAACGACACAGAGCCUAUCGAGGAGGAGCAGGAGGCGUACUUUGAACCACCGGCAGAUGCCAUUGAUGAUCCAAAUUGCAACUAUACAACAACAGUGGUUGGGGGAGAGGACUCCGGCUCAGAGCAGGCUACAGUGGAGAGCACUGACAUGGUUAGUCAGCAACAUGUUACCUUGGUGAAACAGGAAGAUGGGACCCAACAGCAGGUCAGUAUCUCGGAAGCGGACUUGCAAGCCAUGGGUGGCACAAUCACCAUGGUAACCCAAGAAGGCACAACUAUAACCAUUCCUGCCCAUGAGCUGGCAAUGCAAGGGGCUCACUCAGUCACCAUGGUAACAACAGAUGGCUCAGAUGAACAGGUGGCCAUCAUGACACCCGACAUGGCCUCAUUCCAAUCUGUGGAGGAGGCAGGCUACAGUCAAGAUCAUCCUGUCACGUUACUGGCCACCUCCAAUGGCACUCACAUUGCUGUGCAGCUCAGUGAUCAGCCUUCGCUGGAGGAAGCCAUCAGAAUAGCAUCAAGAAUACAACAAGGAGAGUCACCAGGCCUGGAUGAUUAAUGGACUCAUUUUGAACUGUGAUUAAGGAUCAAAACCAUCUCAAUGGAUUAUAUCAAGAAAAGAAAUUAAGUCUUCCACCAUGUUUUUUUUUCCACAGAAGAACUUUGCUUUUAUGUGUAAAUAGUAUUUUGAUAACUGGAGUUCCGCUAUGCUAAUUUGUCCCUCAGUCAAUAAGAUGGGAGAGGAGCAAAUGCUUUCUAAUGUUUAUGACGCACAGUGUACAGUGCAGUGUACAGCUAAUGCUAUUUCUAAUAAAAAAUUUAGUGUAA